AUCAGGGAGAAAAUUAACUAGGCAUUUACAAAUACCUCACGCGGGACUUGUCUUCCGGAUGUUGCUAGGUAGUUCGGGGAGUCGACCAACUUUUGAGGACCAGUUUGAUCGAUUAUGGAAAGCGUACCGCGGCAGAAAGCUGACAUUUGUAAUAAUAGCUGCACAACCAAGAAGAGGGAAGACUACCUGGAAUGGCCCGAGUACUUCAUGGCUGUGGCCUUUUUGUCAGCUCAGAGGAGCAAAGACCCGAGCUCACAAGUGGGGGCCUGUAUAGUGAACCAGGAAAAUAAGAUUGUUGGCAUCGGCUACAACGGAAUGCCUAAUGGUUGCGAUGAUGACCAGUUACCCUGGGCUCGGUCAGCAGAUGAUCGUUUGGACACGAAAUAUCCCUACGUGUGCCACGCGGAGCUAAAUGCCAUCAUGAACAAGAACAGCGCUGAUGUGAAGGACUGCACCAUGUACGUCGCUCUGUUCCCCUGUAACGAGUGCGCGAAACUCAUCAUCCAAGCAGGAAUUAAGGUGGUUGUCUAUCUUUCUGAUAAAUACCAUGACACACCAGAGAUGACUGCCUCGAGGAGACUACUCAACAUGGCAGGAGUACAAUUCCAGCAAUUCAAGCCAAAAAGGACUGAGAUUACCAUCGAUUUUAAUUCCAUAAACCAACCAACAGCGCUGGACAGCCCGACAAAUUGACCAUGAAAAUUUCUGAUUUUGGGCCAGCCAAAAAAUAUGGAACGUCAGACAAGAGUUUGUGGCAUUUUCUUUUUUAUGUUUUCAGCCCUGUAUCUCUUGUUUUGUUUGAUAAAAUAGAAAUGACUUGCUUUUGCAUUUCCUGAAGAAAUAUAGAUGAUAUUGAAAAUGAAAUGAACAGGCACCAACCUACGAGUCAACAAGUUUUACAUCUUUUUUAAUGUAUGGUAUUUAUCUUUCUUUUAAUCCAAAGAAGCUUACGGACAAAGGCAAAGGAGAAGUAUUGUUUACUUUUCGUGUGACCAAAAACUGAAAAGUCAGUUUCAGUUUCACACUUCUCAGGCUGUCCUGCGAAGACCGUUUAAUCCAUGUUACAAACAAAUGCGUUUUUUUUUUUUUUCACUCACACGGAUUUGUUUUGCCUUACUGAAUCACUGACAUGUUUGUUCCACUGAAAUGAUGGCCCAAACCCUCCUGCUUUAAGUAUGGUUACAGUUUUAGGACGGGUUGAACAUGAGUUCUUGUACAGUAUUUUCAGCUUUCCCUCACAAGCCUUCAUUUGACUUUAUAACUUUGCUCUCAAAAGUAGCACUAUACCUUAUAUAGGAAUUGCUGCCAUAGUAUUGUUAGUAUUAUCCAACUUCUUAUUACUUAGAUAUCAUCUUCUAAGAUCCUAGCCCCCCAAAAAUAGUCUGACUAACUUUCAGCUGCACUGUCACCACCUUAUCGACUAUCUUGUGCGGCGUCCUGAGUGGUGGCGGUGCAUGGUGAGAAUUUUCUGAAUAAUAUCAUUUGAAUAAAUGUAGAAGUGGAAUGUUUUUUUUUUCAGGGGGGUCAAGUUCUCUGUUUAAGAAAAUUACCGGUUGAUGGAUUCUCAUUAUGUAUUUGUGUUGAAAACCUUUGGUACUUUGUACUGGCAUAUUUUGCAAAUAGUUCACAGCUGAUGGGAUUCUUAGGGCCUUUCUUAAUGUAUUUGCUGUUUUCUGUAUUCGCUCAAUAAAGCUAGCAAAAGUA